UAUUCAGAAUGGCGGGUAGACAAGUCUGGAAGAUCUCUUCUUUCUUCUCCCCUUUGCAUUGUUCGGUGGUGAUCUGUUAAUAUUUGGCGCCUUUUUGCUCCGUUGUUGCGUUCUUUGGUUUUUGCUUUCAGGUGGUUUUAGGAAGAGAGAUUGAUGGCUCAAGAUAUUCAAGCUAGCUCUGUUUGUGAGCUUGAGGUGGCUGCAAAACAGCGACCACGCCCAUCUCCUUAUUUGGUCAACAGAACGUCUACUAGGCGUGCAGUUUAGUAAUGCCUAGCUACUGACCUGCUGAUCUCCUAACAGCUGUAAUGGCAUUCGCAGCUUUCUUCGCCAAAGACAAGACAUUUCGGCCUCGCAAGAAAUUCGAGGAAGGCACACUCAAACACCAACUACACAAGAAAGCAGAGGCGUCUCUGAAUGCCGGUCUCGAUCUGAGGAAGGCCGUAGAAUUGCCCCCCAACGAGGAUUUGAACGAGUGGAUAGCCGUCCACGUUGUAGAUUUUUUCAAUCGUAUCAACUUGAUAUACGGCACAAUAUCUGAAUUCUGUACAGAACAGAGCUGCCCUGUCAUGUCAGGAGGACCAAAAUAUGAAUACAAGUGGGCAGAUGGUGAGACAUACAAAAAGCCAACGAGGCUGCCGGCUACUGUGUAUAUCACGUUGCUAAUAGAAUGGGUUGAGAAACAGAUCAAUGAUGAGGAAGUGUUUCCAUCUGAUCCAAGUGUGUCAUUUCCAAAGGCGUACAUGUCUGUCUGCAAGAAGAUUCUAACUCGUCUGUUUCGAGUCUUUGUUCACGUCUACAUACACCACUUUGACAAGAUUGUUGCUAUUGGAGCAGAGGCUCACGUGAACACGUGCUACAAACACUUUUACUUCUUUGUAACAUCAUUCAAGUUAGUAGACUCCAAAGAACUAGAGCCAUUGAAGGAGAUGUCUGAGAAGAUCUGCAAGUAGUAUCACAAUCUAACAACAUUACUUUGUUUCUACUUGUAUAGUUCGUGCAACUAAUAGCACAUCAUUCUGUGUUACUACGUCAUAUUACCACAUUAGCUUGAGAAAUAAGUAUCAACAUAGUUUGUGCACUCUUGAUAUCAAUGACGUCACUAGAAUAUUUUCUUUACAUUUUGGAUAGAAAAUGUGUGGCAUUCUUCUUACUUGCUAACUUCAAACAUUAAUAUUAAUGAUUCUAUAUACAUGUA